AACAGAUAUAAAAGAUGUUGCCGACGACAUCCAAGCGCAUGUCGGCGGCGCACAAGCACCUGCUGGCGAUGAAGAUGGAGGGAGAGACAGUAUUGUCCCCGUCCAUGUCGUCUGAGUGGCGGAGCAAGUACCUCGAGAAGCUUCGCAUCAAUCCACACGUGACUAAUGAGGUUCCUCGCGACGGGCGCGCCGACACCGACCCGUCGAACCGCCUCAGCGCACCGAUCAUGAUCCCAACGAAGUCCCGAAGCACGUCGUUGGAAGACCUGACGUAUAGCAGUCCGCACCGGCAUACGUCGUGGGAAUGUGCGUACAGUCCGCCAAGUGAGCGACCAUCAACCAUUGCGCGGUCGCCUGAGUGGGACAUUGACCUCGACAUUGGGCUCUUUCCCAUGGGAUCACCAGACUCGACGAGCAACAACAACAACGACAACGACGAAAACAUGGACGAAGAUGAUCGAGACGUGCACCCGCAUCAUUCGGGGACGAGCGGAAGGCGGUGGCGGGGGUUUAUUCCUCCACAUCAACUGAUCCAGCGCGACUGUUUCUCUCUCGGCGUGCAGCAUCACUUCCGCAAACGACCCACCGGUGCGGCCGUCAUUUAGAUGCAUCCUCUCGUUCCUAUUUAACAUGGUGUCAAGAUGGGGUCCACAUACGUUCUCUACAAGAAUGCCACCUCCCACACUCCAUUCUACUACGCAGUACUACCGGUAGUACUCACAGUCAAGAGCCACAGUAACGUUACUGUUAUCAUGUUAUUACUGUGC